CGGAAUGACAGCACCUGAGGUGGAGAAGCCAGUCUGUUGCCUGGCACAUGAGCCACUGUCUGGGCAGACAUGGAGCACUGCUGGGUCUUCUGGGGGCUUGCCUUGUGGAUGAUUGCUCCUUGCCUGGACCUGACACAUGAAUUGGCACCCCAGCAGGAAUGGACGUACAUGGUACCACAGCAAUGUAACUGGUACUGCUUCAAAUUUGGAGAGCAUGGCUGCCCUUCAAAAAGCCCCAACUGUUCCACCUGCCACCAUACAGCUGGAGAAGCAUGCUAUGAGAAGACCACAGGCUACUGGAGGACAAAAGCUCUCUGGUGGCUGGGCAUGAACUCAGUGAACGAGCAUGGAACAGUGUGGAAGAAGCCAUCCGAAGUGACUCCCAAUUCCUUCCUGCACCAUUUUGAUUUCCACUGUGUCUCCUGUGCCAUGCUGGGGAAUUCUGGCCUCAGCAAUAUCAACCAAUUAUUCUACAUGGCUUUCAGGAUGAAUCAGGCCUCCAGCCACAGCUCUGAGGCAGAGAUGAGGAGCCAAAUGGCAGGACCCUUCAUCUGUCCCAGGAACGCCAGUCACCAGCGUUCCUGGGGGCAGCACUGGUUACUGCAGCUUGCUGAUCUGGUGCCCCAAGUGACACGAUUUUGGAAGAUGGUCUGA